GUUAAUUUUGAGUGUUAAUUUCCUAUUAGAAUUACCAAUUCCAAGUUGCCUUGUCAUUGAUAAUUUUCAGAAAUUUUGGUUAUUCAUUUAACAUUGCACUUGUAUGUAAACAUAACCUUCUGUAUUGUAAACAUUUAAAUUUGAGCGAGGAAUGUCGGGGGACGGAUCAGCCGGGGCUGGUUCCCAGGUUGCACUAGUGACUGGGGGCUACGAUCACACUAUCAAGCUAUGGCAGGCUCACAGCGGUGUGUGUUUGCGGACCAUGCAACAUCCUGACUCUCAAGUCAAUGAUUUAGAAAUCAAUCCAAAUGGACAAAUGGUGGCUGCAUGUGGCUACCAACACAUCAGAAUGUAUGACCUGGCCAGUGCCAAUCCUGAUCCUGUCAUCAACUUUGAAGGAGUGUCCAAAAAUGUCUCCAGAGUUGGUUUCCAGGAAAAUGGCAAAUGGAUCUAUUCUGGUGGUGAGGACUGCACAGCACGCAUUUGGGAUCUUAGGGCUGUGCGCCAGUUUCAAUGUCAGAGGAUUUUCAAAGUGCCAGCACCGGUCAAUGCUGUGGCACUCCACCCUGAUCAGUCACAGAUCUUCGUGGGUGGACAAAGUGGCAUCAUACACAUUUGGGACCUUAAGACUGACCAUAACGAACAACUGAUACCGGAAGCGGAAGCGUCCAUCCAGGACAUAGCGAUAGAUCCCGAAGGCAAGAUGAUGGCGGCGGUGAACAACAAGGGCAACUGCUACGUGUGGUCGUUAGGCGGGUCCGGGCGGGGCCCCGUGCCGCGGAAACACCUCGCCGCCCACAAGAAGUACGCGCUGCGGUGUACGUUCAGCCACGAUUCCACUAUGCUGGUGACGACGUCGGGCGACUGUUCGGCGCGCGUGUGGCGGACGAGCGACUGGUCGCUGCUGCAGGAGCUGCGCCACGACGCCCAGCGCUGGGUCUGGGACGCCGCCUUCAGCAUCGACUCCCGGUACCUCUUCACAGGGUCUUCUGACAGCUACGCUCGUCUGUGGAACCUGGAAAAAGGUACGCUGGAGAGAGAGUACUGCGGACAUCAGAAACCGAUCACGGCAUUAGCCUUUAGGGACCACGCCGUUUGAGAAGAUAUAAAAUAGUUUCAAUAGUCAUUAUGGUUUAAAUGUAAACAAAGCUUGGUCAGAACAUAAAGCUACUUUAAGGAUUCAGUCUCGAAAUCAGCGGGCAGCGGGGCGGAAGCGGCGGCGGCGAGAUCUAAUGUAUUUGAUGACCUCUGUGGCUCAGUUGGU